UCUACCUUCAGCAAAGUCUGCAGUUUCAGUCGCGCGUCGUCGCUCCAAGCGUGAGGUUCGAGCCCAGAGAAGAAUACCGAGCUUAGUAGAUCGAAAAGCGGACCGAAGCUAACCAGCAAACAAAGCGGACAGGACAGGACAGGACAGGACACGACAGCAGACGAGGCACCCGAAGAGGAAGGAAGGGCCAACAUGGAGACCUAUCUGACGGAGAUCAAACAAUUGCGCAUACCACGCCCGAAAUUCGAGCCCAACAGUUGCCACCAGCAACACCAACAUGCGGUGGCAGGCGGCACAUCGACAAGCUCCAGCACCACCUCCAACACGCCCACGCCCCCCCAUCAUCAUCAGCGGCCGUGGCGACACUUUGUGCGACCCUUUACGCCGCCGCGUGAUUACCAUCUGCCCAUGGUGGCCGGUGGAGGAGGAGGCGGAGGCGGUGGAGGAGCAUGGUCCGUCGAGGAGGCCUCCAUGCACGACAAGAUCUGAGGAGGAGAAGCAGGCGGAGGCGGAGAAGGAGUAGCGGCAGGGAGCGGUCUGCGGUCUGUUUGACCUGG